GACAGGUCGAUGCUGCGCCAUCAUGUUGCGCGAAUGCGGAACCUUCGACGGGGGAAGACUUUAACCGCAGGACACUCGUGAAAUGAUGGCAGACGUACCAGAUGAUGCACCAGAGCACUGCCCGGGAACAGCAAGUGAGCAAGCAGGAAAGUCGUCGUCAUGUGAGGGCUGUCCCAACCAGAAGCUGUGUGCUUCUGGAGCCACCAAGGCCCCCGACCCCGCCAUAGCAGAGAUAGGAGCGAAGCUGUCAAAUGUCAAACACAAGAUUCUCGUGCUGUCUGGAAAAGGAGGCGUGGGGAAGAGUACCUUCAGCGCUCACCUGGCUCACGCCCUGGCAAGUGACAGCACAAAGGAGGUUGCCCUGCUGGAUGUAGAUAUCUGUGGUCCAUCCAUUCCGAGGAUCAUGGGCUUAGAGGGAGAACAGGUUCACCAGAGCGGCUCAGGCUGGUCUCCUGUGUAUGUGGAUGACAACCUGGCAGUCAUGUCUAUUGGCUUCUUGCUCAGUAGCCCUGAUGAUGCCGUCAUCUGGAGAGGACCCAAGAAGAAUGGGAUGAUCAAGCAGUUUUUGAGGGAUGUUGACUGGGGGGAACUGGAUUACCUCAUCGUGGACACGCCCCCUGGCACCUCUGACGAACACCUGUCCAUCGUCCAGUACCUGAGCUCCACCCACGUUGAUGGAGCUGUCAUCAUCACCACACCACAGGAGAUAUCGUUGCAGGAUGUGCGAAAGGAGAUCAGGUUCUGUCAGAAGGUCAAGCUGCCAAUCAUCGGAGUGGUGGAGAACAUGAGUGGCUUCGUCUGCCCUACAUGCAAGAACACGUCACAGAUCUUCCCUCCCACCAGCGGGGGCGCAGAGAAAAUGUGUGCAGAUCUAGAUCUACCGCUGUUAGGAAAGGUACCUCUAGACCCGAGGAUAGCGCGAAGCUGCGACGAGGGCAAGUCUUUCCUCAACGAAGUACCGGACUCUCCUGCUGCUAAAGUCUACCUGAAUAUCGUGCAGAGUAUUCGGGACUACUGUUCCAACCGUGUGACAGAGGAGCAGAGCACCACCUGAACCCACUCUGAUGGUGGCCAUAUUGGAGCAGAACACUGAGACAGAUCACAUGAUGACAGUGUGGUAGAAAUGAUUAACUACUGAAUAAGAAACACAAAUAAAGCAAAUAACAUUAGAGCGUUCACCAAAGCCAGCCAGAAUCAUCUCUGCAUGAGUAUAUGCUGUGGUGAGCUGCUCAGACCUUACAGAGCAGUGGUUUACUCCGCAGUGGCUGGCCAAUACAGCUUUUCCAGAAAAACUAUUGAGGGUAGAAAAUAUAAUAAUGAGGAUUUAAUUGUCAUAAUAGUUCCUCUUUGUAAUAAAUGUAAUAUUUAGAAGUAAUUACAGCUUUAUAAUGAUGGGUUGUCUUAUCCAAAUAAGCACUUGGGCCCAAUUUAAACAUGAAUGCUUUGAUCAGGAACAACAAAAUGAAAACAGAACUUUAAAGCACCACCGUGGAGAUUCUCUGUUUAUAACAUUUCUAUACUUGAGCUGAGAUAAAUACACAUUCAAACCCCUCAAGUAUAAUUGAUAUAAUAAAUGUUUCUUAUAGGAUACUGGUGAUAUUUAUGGUAUUGUCUUACAAAUCCCAUGAAAGUUCUCUCAAUACAUCAUCACAUUGCACAUGUGGCUCUAAGAGACAAGCCCAUUGGUUCAUACUAAAAUGUACAGGUAUGCCUACAACAACUGAACACUUCAGUUUGUUCUAAACUUCACUCAAACUGGAGUAAAUUGUGCAUUUAUUAGGGACUAUUUUCAACUGCGGAUAAAUACACAUUUGGUGUUCGAGUGAGUGUUCAUAGCAGCAGGAUGGGAUUGUACUCGGAAAAAAUAACCCUAACCCUAAUGCGGUACACAGAGAGCUAUAUGAGGCUUUGUAUACACAGGAAAUAUGUUAAGAAUCAAUGUAUUGUGUUUUUUGCUCCUUACAUGGGAAUUAAUUGGAUUAUCACCAGAUUUAAUCUUUCAGGUUAAAGUACAAGUGGGUGGUCUGGUAGGUUCCCACAUGUCUCUUUGUCCCACAAUCAGAUUGUUUUGCGUGCUGGGGUGCGUCCUAAGAUACUGAAUAUAUACAGUUAGUUUCUUUAUUAGAUGGAAAGAGUUAUUUUCUCUCCUUGUGCUGUAGUAAAGGAGAUGCUCUUUGGGAAAGUUAAUCAUCAGCUCUUAUGUUGUAAAUAAAUACAAAAUACAAAGUGCAGUAUCGUCAGCGUCGUAUAUGAUUUGAUUGUGUAUUGUCAUUCAUUGUUAUCAUUCCACAUUGUUAAUGAGAAGACUGUAUGGGGAUGUUAACCUCUCAAGCGAUGUUGAUGGUUUGCUUUUUUUCACGGCACAUCUGGUGAAUACAAAAAUGUGAAUCUGGGAGAUGAAUUGUCUAAGAUACGAGCAUAGGAGGAAACUUAACUUUCUCAUGACCAAAUGAUGCAUGAUUUGAAAAACUUUUCCUUUUCUUCAAUGAGCAGAUGUAAUGUAUGAUUUUUGAUUUAGAUCACUUUGUUUCAAACUAUUCUUUUGGACACAUUGUUUAAGGUAAUGUACUUGCUUUAACUGAUUUAUAAAAAAAUAAAUGACCAAACAUGAAA